GUGACGUCCCAUUGAAGUGACCAUGAUUCAAGUGGAUGGUUUCAAACGCUCGUCUCCGUCACCAUCGCGAUGCUCAGUUCGGAGUGACAGUCGGGUCUUCAGACAGCCUCGCGUCAUUCAAGUUAACCGAGACGCAGCUACAAUGAUGGACGAUGAAGCCAGUGUCAGCGGCAUGGGGAACGUCACUGAACCUCCUUGCUCCUCAGAUUUCGAAUCUAACGUUAAUCAGUCAACACAUUUUCGAUCACGGACAUUUAGUGACGGCUUCAUUAGAAACACAAGCCUCGAAUUGUUACUUGGUGUUGAUUGCGAGGCCUGUCUGGCACUCGCUGCACAACAACAUUGCAUCAAUGAACCUAUAACGGAACAGGAUUUUGAUUUGGUAUGCAAUUGUAAUGUUCGCCAACAUAAUUACUUGAACUAUUACCGUGACUCCGUCAAACAGAAGGGGCAUACUCUGAAUAUUUAUGAUAUAGAAAGAAUUAAGAGAGACACGGGAAGAAGUAGUCUAGCUGUCGGUUCACAUCGUAGUCUUGAUAGAAAACAUUACAAAAGUAAAACCAUAGGCGUUUCAAGCUAUAUAUCCAAGCAGUUAAUAUCAUAUGACCCGACUAAUACACUUGUACAAAAACUCAAAAGAAAAUUGUCUAAUCUGAAAAAAGUGAGGGGUGAAAAUAUUGUGAAAAAACCACAUAAUGGCCUUCAACUUGCUGAAAUGGCAUCCACUUCUACUAGCUCCCUAAAAAGGCUAUCAAUGUUAUCACUUGUUGAUAAAUCGCAAAGAAAAAUGGACAAUCAAAAUUGCAUUUUUUCUUCAAACGGUGUGCAAUCGAAAGAUGAUUUCAAAAACAAUGUUACCACAUAUGAAAAUUUUUCUUCCAAUAUUGACCAAUGCUAUGACCGGCUUCGUACAUCCAACAUCGAUACAUCACAAAAGAACGCCAAAGGAAGAAAUUUUGAUAUCAACGACGAACUAAUUCCGAGGAACCCGCCUUUGGUGAAAUAUUCAACACUUGAUAAUCGAAGCAGGUGUCGAAGUAUAAAGAGACAGCUCUCGUGUAACGAUUUUCCCAGCGACAGGUGUAGGGAACGUGUGCCCGAGACAUGGUCGCAAGACGAGAACUCUUUUGGUUUGAGAAAUUCGAGGAAUGAAGUAGAUGACGAACAGACAUUCAUAGAAGCUCACAAAGUAUUAAGAGGUGCUCCAAGAAGUGCUCAUGCACAUUGUACCUGUAACUCCAUUCAAGACAAUAGAAUACCGUCUAUAUUUUAUGACACCCAUGGUAAAAAGCGUUCAGCCCCCGCCCCUGACGUUACGGAUCGCUCCCAGGGAAGAUCUUGCAGCGACUGCAAACCUGCACAGUGGUACCCCCCGAGCACAUCCGCGACCAGCCACAGUUCUACGGUUACUGCGAAUUCAUCACGUCUGACAGCAUGGCAUCGUCGAUGGUGUUGCGUGGCUAUACUUGUGUUGGUAGCGGGCACAGCCUGCGUUGCCGGACCGCUGGCUCUUAGGGCUCCUCCUGGUGCACCCCUCCACGAAAGACUCCGCCUCGCAGAAAGACUACUGCACGACACACCACUUAUUGAUGGACAUAAUGAUUUACCUUGGAAUAUACGAAAAUUUUUACACAAUAAAAUCAAAGACUUUAGAUUUGAUGAAGACCUUCGAACUAUAUCUCCCUGGGCUACGAGCUCGUGGAGUCAUACAGAUUUACUUCGUCUUAAGCAUGGAAGAGUAGCCGCUCAGUUUUGGGCCGCAUACGUGCCUUGCGACGCGCAACAUCGGGAUGCAGUGCAAUUGACCUUCGAACAAAUAGACCUAAUCCAGAGACUCACAGACAAGUACCAUCCACAACUAACAUUCUGUACCUCUGCCGACGAUAUAUUAUCGGCUCACGUAAACCACCGGCUGUGCUCACUGGUGGGUGUGGAAGGUGGGCAUGCAAUUGGAGGUUCCUUAGGUGUACUAAGGACGUUGUAUCAAGUUGGAGUUCGGUAUCUAACUCUAACUUCGACUUGCGAUACGCCUUGGGCUGAAUGUGCUUCCACCGAUCGACCUGAAUCCGCACAAAGGGGAGGAUUAACGCCUUUUGGUAAAGUGGUGGUUAAAGAAAUGAAUAGAUUGGGCAUGCUGGUUGAUCUAUCACAUGUUUCUGAGCGAACCAUGCGGGAUGCCCUUUCGGUUUCACGAGCGCCAGUGCUUUUCUCACAUUCCUCGGCCCGAGCGCUUUGUAACGUAACUCGAAAUGUACCAGACAGCGUGCUUCGACUCUUAGCAGCUAAUAAAGGACUGAUAAUGGUCAACUUCUACACUUCUUUUCUCACUUGUAGAGAUACGGCUACCGUUCAGGAUGCUAUAGAACACAUAAACCAUAUCCGCGACAUCGCUGGUGUCGACAGCGUUGGCUUAGGAGCAGGAUACGAUGGAAUAAAUUACACGCCUCAUGGGUUAGAAGAUGUCUCGUCAUAUCCAUUAUUAUUUGCUGAACUGAUGGAAGACGGAUGGAGCAUAGAAGACUUGAAAAAAUUGGCUGGCCUGAAUUUAUUACGUGUAAUGAACGCAGCAGAACGUGUAUCUAGAGAAUUAUCAUCAGCCCAUGUCACUCCUUACGAAGAAGUUGGACCCAGAGUGUUAGACUCGCACAAUUGUUCCAGUCAGGACGUUUAAAAAAACUCUUUUUAGUACAUUUUCUAUUGCUAUAAUCCAAUAAGUCAAUUGAAUUCAUUAAAUCCAAAAUUUCUCCUUUAAGUAGUAUCCUGUGAUAAAGCUGAAGAUCGUAGGAGCGUGACCUGCUGUUAGAUAUUUAUUAUACAUUGAAAUUAUAUAUCCCAAGCUUUAAUAUUUUAUUAUAUAUGAAGAAA